AUGGCGCGGCGCGGGCGUGUGGAGCUGCGGCGGAUCAAGGACCGGACGAGCCGGCAGGUGCGCUUCUCCAAGCGCCGCUCGGGGCUCUUCAAGAAGGCCUUCGAGCUCGCGCUCCUCUGCGAUACCGAGGUCUCGCUGCUCGUCUUCUCCCCCGCCGGCAGGUUCUACGAGUACGCCUCCUCCAGUCUAUGUGCAGUGCGUGUAUUUGGUUCAAGCAAAGCUCUGUUGCUGAGGCCACACUCUUCCCCGGUUAUUGGGUAUGAAAGAGUUGUGAAGGCUGCUGCUUGUAAAAUGCAGCGAAGGCAGUAG